ACAUUGUUGAUGACGAAUGUGAAAUCAGUUAUUUUGGUGUUGGUAUUAUUGGUGAAUAUUUGGGUGUUAAAUUUUUCUUGGUAGAAAUUAUAAAUUUACUUAUGAUGAUGAGAUUGGCCAUUAUUGAGUUUGGC